AUGGAGUAUGGGGAAAAACACCCAAUCGUGUUACCAAAGAAUCACCAUGUGUCGCAGCUUGUAGUGAAACAUUACCACGUCCAAGUGCACCACCGAGGGAGACAAAUUACUGGAGGAGCCAUUCAACAAGCAGGAUUCUGGCUUAUUGGAGGUCACGACACUGUAACGAAGGUCAUCAGAGCUUGCGUUCCCUGCAAGAAGCUGAGAGGACCUCCAUUGGAGCAGCGCAUGGCAGACCUUCCGCACGAUAGGACUGAAGUCUGCACUCCCCUCACUAACGUGGGCUUCAAUGUCUUCGGCCCCUGGGCAGUACAAACUCGCAAGACUAGAGGAGGAGCUCCAAACGCUAAACGCUGGGGUCUGGUGUUUACAUGCCUUAGCAGUAGAGCCAUCCACAUAGAAGUCCUAGAAGCCAUGGAUGCUAGUGCCUUCAUCUAUGGGCUAAGGAGAUUCUUCGCACUACGAGGCCUCGCUAAGCUUCUGAGAUGCGAUCGAGGCACCAAUUUCAUCGGAGCCAAAACAGAGCUCAGAGAAGCAGCAUCAGAACUCGACAAGGAGAGAGUGGAGAGAUUCGUGACAGAGUACGGAUGUUAA